GUUUACGCAUAUUUUUGCUACCAACCUAAACCCAAGUGAUAACAACUCUAUAAACGCAAACCGAUUAGACAUAAUGCAAGUGCAACUGUUGCGUCUGUGAUGCACUCAUCGACGGUUUCAAAGAACUACAAGUACAAAAAUGUCGCGCAACUUGGAAUUAGUUGUCAGAAUCAGUCAGGAAAUGUGCCUUAAUAUUGAUUUAAGUUGAUAUUUACGCAUAUGUAGUGUAUAUGUAUAUAUAUAUUGUUAAGUUUUGACAUGAAAGAACGUCGGGGAACGCUGCCAUCGCCAACAGCUGCCGCUGCAGCAUCGCCUGCAACAACAGACGCAAACACAGCGGCAACAACAACAACAACACUAACAUCAACAAUAACAACUGCCGGCACCGAGGCGUUUUCGGCUCCAUGUUCGGCCCCCGAUGAUGCUCCUGCUAUGUCUUUCGAACCCAAAAGAUGCCAUACAGGUGGUCAACAUCAGCAUCAGGAGCAACAACACCAACAACAACAACAACAUCGUCAUCAUCAUGCAAGCGGACCAAAUCUAAGCACCUGGCGCCAGUUGAAGUCAACGAAAUAUGAAGCUCGGGCCUGGCAAAACGGACGCAGGAACCACUUAUAUAAUAAUAAUUGGAAUAACAACGGUUCGAGACCGUAUUAUUCUCCAAAUAACCCACGCGAAUUGUAUCAUAAUAAAGACAACAACUGGAAAGAAACGACAAAUUCGAAACGGGGCGAGAAUCAAGAGGAACAUAAACGUCGCGAAAGAACUGAUUAUUAUAGAAACGAUUUUCAUAAAUCGCGAGAACAUAGAACAAGUUCAGAUCGAUACUCAAACGCCAGUCGAAAGUGGAUAAGCCAAGAUUAUAGGGCGAGACAUCGAGAAACUCGGAGUCAAACCACUGAAACGCUAAGAGAACAAGAAGAAGAACAGGAACAAAAACAAAAAAGCUUAAGACACAAGAACAAAGCAGACCAAGAAGAUUGCGGUAAAAAUAAUACGAUUUCAAAUCGAUUAGAAGGCGAAAAAAGUGCAAUUUGUUCCAGAUCAAAUUCGGCUGAAAGCGAAAAGGACAAAACGAAAUGGAAAGAACAAACUGAAGAAAACAAAACAGAUUUAUUAGUUAACAACGUUAACGGACAAUGUAAAGAAGAAAGUGCAAAAAUAGUAGAAAGUCCGAAGAAAACUAGAACAACAACUAGCAAGUAUCCCAAAUCGAAAUUAUUUAGAAAUAAUAUACCCAGUCCCGUGAAGAAGAAGAUUAAAGAAAAUAGUGCCAUAGGGACCCAAACAGAACCGGAGACCGACGCCACAUUGAGCAAGGAGCAGGAGGAGAGACCGACAGCUAGCAAAACAUAUCCCAAGAUACAGGUGAGGCCGUUGGCCGAGCUGCUCAAGCAGGAAAUACUCGCUGUUACCCAGGAGCAACGACAGAACGGGAUCACAGCCAAGCGGAUUCAACGAGCAACAACGAUUCAAACACGUCGUCGGACAACCAGCAACUCCCUGCUUGGCGCCAACAAUGGCAGCAGCGACUUCAUCAACAUCAACGAUCGACUGGCCAACAUGGACAAGGAGAGUCUCAAGUAUAUCAUCAACAAUGGCGACACCAUCUACAACGAGCAUCUAAAGUUGCAGGCCCGCCGACGACUUCGCGACGAGGUGCGACGCCAGCUGAAGGCAAUUGAGCUCGACCAGCCCAAGGAUAAGCCAGCCAAGCAACUAAUCGAGGACGAAAUCGUUGAGGCCAUCAAGUUACCAGAGCUGCUGCUGCAGGAGAUUGAAAAGUGCUUUGGAAUUGACAUAUCAGCGAGAGGGACGCAAGACAGCGACAGCAAAAAGAGCAGCGAAAGCACAGCAGCGAUCGACGCCAACGAAAGCACAGCAACGAGCAGAGCGAGUAAAAGCACAGCAACGGACAAAGAGAGCGAAAGCAAGCAGUUUGUUAAAGUGAGUGAAGGCGAGCAGCCCGUUAAAGAGAGCGAAAGCGAGCAACCUAUUAAAGAGAGUGAAAGCUCAAAGUUUGUGAAAGAAAGCGAAAGCGGUCAGCCUAUUAAAGAGAGCGAAAAGUGCAGUAAAGAUAAGUGCAAAACUCCAAAGCAGAAGAAGACCAAAACAAUGGCAGGCAAAAAACCCAGCAAUGCGCAGCUAAGUGAAAAAAGCUCGCUGCAAAGCUCGAAAGUGAAGAGAAUUGAGAGCAAAAUCAAAGAGAUUGCCAAGCAAAAGGAAACUGCUCAAAGAGAAACAGACGAUGACGAGACAAAUUGCGUGCCCAUCAAAAGAGAAAUGCAAAUGGAAUCGCGUAGUUUUCGAGACAACAGCGUCAUUGUGGUCAGCAGCUCCUCCGAAGAUGAGGGGGAUGAGGAGGAGGAGGAGGAUGAAUGUCCACAAGUGGAUAAGCCAGCUGAUAAUGCUGACAGCGAUCACUCGACUGCAUCGAGCAGCUGCAGCAGCAGCACAGAGUCCACCAAGCGACGCUAUCAACAGAAACUGGACAGCGAUGCGAACAACAUUGUCGACAGCUUUGAGAAGCUGAUACUCCCACAGCUGAAGGAGUCGCUGGCGGAACGGUAUCGGAGCAGCCACUGCAGCAGUCUGCAGAGCCGGCUUCACUUCAUCUCCUGUGUGGUGACCAGCAGUGAGCACAAUUCGCAAACGUUCAGCAAAAUCGAGGUAGCCAAAAUGCAACAGAAUCUCAAGGCAAACGACAAUCGGGUCGGCAUCGAAUUUCUGCUCCGUGAAAUUGUCAAUGUUGUCAAUCUGCAGAAGCAGGCGGCAGCAGCGCGUCGCAAGCAGCAGCUGGAGCAGAAGGACGCGAAGCAGCAGCACAAAUUGGAGAAGGAGUCUAAUGGGCUUAUCAUCAGUGCCAGUUCGUCGUUGAUGCUUAACGCCGAGCAGCUCCAAUCAGAGUCACAGCCACAUCAAAGGAACUGCACUCCAGCUGAGUCAGCAGUCGCAGUUGCCGGCACUGCAGCAGUGGCAGCAGCAGCGCAAUCCUUAAUGCCACCCACCCCACCCCGCAAUGGUACACCGACACCCGCCGCCGCUGCCACGCUAUCCAGCUCGAAUCGCUCCCUGCACUCGCUGAACUAUUUGGGUCUGGAUGCGUCUGUGCCGCGUCUGUCGCCGGGCAGCUUCUCGCUGACCACGUGCGGCUUGGAGAGUGGUGAGCCAAUUGUGCUUGUGGGUGAUUCGGUGACACACAGUCUGCUCGAGCUAGAUCGACGCCUGUUGGAGAAUCAGAAUCGACGCGGCUUCCUCGAGGAGAUGAUCAUGAAGUUUCAGCGCGAGAAAUCCGACUUGGAGAUGCUCAGCCUGGAGUUGCAGAGUCGCAAGUUUCUGCUGCUCAAUACGGUGAUUGCGAGGAAUCAAUCAGCAGCAACGAUAACUACACCAACGACAGCAACGCCGCCAUCCACAGUGACGCCCACAAAUUCACCACCGCCUCCAGCUGCAGCUGCAGCUGCGCCGGAAGUCGCCAACAAGCCCAGAUUGCGUCAACGUCGCGCCAUAGUCGUCAAGCGCGUGAAGAUCCUCUCCAAGCGCAAGCGUCCAGCCAAUCGCAUCAAGCGGAAUCCUCUAGCCGAGGCAGAGCAAGUUGCUCCAGUGAGCAAUGAAGCGCCAGAGGAAUCAGUCAUUCCACAGCCGCUGCAAAUCAAGGCUGAGGAGGAGUUGCCCGUGCAACAGACGGAGGCCAACAAACGUGCCACAACAGCUGUUGUGGGCUGUGCCAUCAAACGUCAGCGUUUGACUCGGUCUGUUGCAGCGUUGGCGGUGAUACCACCAUUGCAGCCACCUCCACCGCCGCCGGAACCCUUCGCCCACAUGUCGUUUGACUUGCCGCGCAUUCUGCUCAAAUCCACCGCUCCUCCGCCGCCGCCUACUCCUCCAUCGGCAACAGCUGGCAAUAUGGAGAGCUUUAAAUAUGGCUACAUACCCAUUGGCAGAUUGCAUAACAUCACCAGUCCCAUCACCCAGAUACGCAUCUACAAGGUGUACAUCAUUGCCGCGUCGGAGAACGGCGACGUCUACAUGUUCAACAUUGCCAAUCACAAGCUGGAGCGCCAGAUCACCAAGCACAGCGAGGCAAUCACGAAUAUGUUUCUCUGCGAGAGGGAAUCGUUUCUGUACACCACCUCACUGGACGGCUUCAUCAAGAAAUCCUCCCUCGAGAAUCUGGAGCGUGUCGUUCAGACAGUUUACCUGAAGGAGCCGCUGCAGUCCAUUGACAUCGAGUGGGGCAUUGCAUUUAUUGGCAGCCGCUGGGGCAACAUCUUUACAUAUAAUAUCGCAGCGAACAAAGUGAUGGACAUGCCUCUGUUAUCCACUGGACAGUCCAUCAUCGCAGUCAAGGCGACCAAGGAGGGCGUGCGCAAGAUCAUUUUGUUGGGCUGCAAGGGGAAUUUUGUGUUUCUGCAUGAUGCAGCAACCGGGUUGCUGCUGCGUCGCUUCGCCGUGCCCGACGGUCUCAAUGUGUACAGUCUGCUGCUGAUCGAUGGCCAUGUCUAUUGUGGCACACAGAAGAACGAGGUUUUCAGGUUCGAGUUUGCCAGCGGUAACAUGACAAACACGCUGAGCUGCGGCAAUGGUGCCGUCGCCAUGGCCACAUAUGGUGAACAGUAUUUGCUUGUUGGCUGUUACGAUGGCUUCAUCUAUGUGCUGAACAAGGAAACUGGCAGGCAGCUGGGUCGCUUCAGUGGACCUGGUCGUUUAGUCCUGGCGCUGGCCAUCGCUGGCGAUAAGGUCGUUACGUCGUCAAAGGACAACUCCUUGGAAAUAUUGGAAAUCCCAUCAGAAUUGCUGUCCACUUGAAAUCAAACGUUCAACAAUCCAAAUAUAAAAUGUAUAUUUUGAAGUUAUCAGCAAAUUCACAUAUAUAUAAAGUGUAUAUUUUAAAGUUAUCGACUUAGUUUAAGUUUUUAAAAGGAACCCCUUUUAAGUCAUUUCUGUUAGUAUCAAUUUUUGCCUCGGCAUCCACAGUUGAAAACUAUCAUAAAUUUAACAAAGUCAAUCCCUAUGCAAUAGUGUCAGCGAUGAAUUUGAUUGAACAAAUACUUCCACGCUGCGUACAAUAAUAAAAUAGAUAAAUCCAAAUGAUAAACAUA